GUGCUGCUGCGCUCCAGCUCAUUACAGGAGGGAGAUUUUCCAUCGCGCCGCGUUUUAAACCCUCAGCAUCCUCACCUCUGCUUAUUCGGAUCUUUUUCUUGUCGGAUUGGUAAAAACACAGGCUGUGUUGUUGUCGUUGCUGACUGAUUUCUCAUUGCUUUGUUUCCAUCGCUUCAAUGGCGAGGCAAAAAUUAAAGGUACAGACCGCCAUCGAUUAAUCAGUGCAGCUCUGAGAAGGAAUCAGUGACACCAAUCUGGCCACCCUUGUUCUGGUGUAGAUCAGGUUUUGUCUUAUCCCCCCGGUUUGCAGUAAGAUGGGCUCGAGCUUCAGGAGCGAGGAGAUGUGCCUGGCACAGCUCUUUCUGCAGUCCGCUUCAGCGUACGACUGCAUCAGCGAGCUCGGGGAGAUGGGCCUUGUCCAAUUCCGAGAUCUCAACCCCAGCGUCAGCCCCUUCCAGCGCCGCUUCGUCAGCGAGAUCAAGAGGUGUGAAGAGAUGGAGAGAAUUCUGGGAUACCUUUUAAGGGAAAUCAAAAAGGCCAAUAUCGCUGUUCCAGAGCCUGAAGUCAGUCCUGUUGCUCCUGCACCCAAACAUGUGCUAGAGAUCAUGGAGCAGCUGCAACGUUUGGAGGUGGAGCUCAGUGAGGUGGCCAAGAACAAGGAGAAACUCCAGAGGAACCUUCUUGAGCUUACUGAGUACACACACAUGCUGAGGAUCACACACAGCUUCAUGCACAGCCGCUCCAGGCACGAGGCUCUGGGCCCACAGUAUGAGGAGUUCCCAUCCCUAGAGCCAGAGUCUGUGGCUGGAUGCACCGGCAUGCAGAGACUGGGGGCCAAACUGGGGUUUGUCUCAGGUCUGAUUCAUCGGGUGAAGAUGGAGGCAUUCGAGCGUAUGCUGUGGCGAGUAUGUAAAGGUUACACUAUUCUCAGCUAUGCCGAGGUGGAUGAGAAUUUGGUUGAUCUUGACACAGGAGAGAUGAGUAAGAAUGUUGUCUUCCUCAUCUCAUUCUGGGGUGAUCAGAUUGGACAGAAAGUGCAGAAGAUCUGUGACUGUUACCACUGCCAUGUGUAUCCUCACCCAGAGUCUGAUGAGGAACGUUCAGAUAUAAUGGACAGCUUAAGAACACGUAUUCAAGAUCUUAAUAAUGUGCUUCAUAGGACUGAAGAUUACCUGAAGCAGGUACUCCAUAAGGCCUCAGAGUCAGCCCACUCCUGGGUGCUGCAGGUGAAGAAGAUGAAGGCCAUCUAUCACAUCCUCAACCUGUGCAGCUUCGACGUCACCAACAAGUGUCUCAUAGCCGAGGUGUGGUGUCCCGUUAAUGACUUGACCAACCUGCGGAGGGCUCUGGAGGAGGGUUCGAGGAAAGGAGACGCCACCGUGCCGUCGUUUGUCAACCGUAUCCCUAGUAAAGACACACCUCCUACGCUGUUGAGGAGCAACAAGUUCACACGCGGCUUUCAAAGCAUCGUGGAGGCGUAUGGCGUAGGAGAUUACAGAGAGGUCAGUCCAGCACCCUUCACUCUCAUCACAUUUCCCUUCCUGUUCGCGGUGAUGUUUGGGGAUCUGGGACACGGCGCCGUCAUGGCGCUCUUUGCCCUGUGGAUGGUGCUGAAUGAGAAAAACUACAAACGAAGGCACUCAGUAAAUGAGAUUUGGAACAUGUUUUUCGAGGGCCGAUACAUCAUGUUGAUGAUGGGGGGGUUUUCCGUCUACACGGGACUCAUCUACAACGACUGCUUCUCUAAAUCGAUCGACAUCUUUGGCUCAGGCUGGAGCGUCAAGGCCAUGUUCACGGAACAGCAGUGGACAAAUCAGACUUUACGGACGAAUCCUUUCCUGACUCUGGAUCCCAACGUAUCUGGAGUUUUCACUGGACCUUAUCCACUGGGUAUCGAUCCGAUCUGGAACAUGGCGGUGAAUAGGCUGACGUUUCUGAACUCGUAUAAGAUGAAGAUGUCUGUGAUUGUCGGAGUUUUGCACAUGAGCUUCGGCGUGGUGCUCAGCGUCUUCAACCACCUACACUUCCGUCAGCGCUUUAAGCUCUACCUGCUCUUCCUUCCUGAGCUGCUCUUCCUGCUGUCUCUUUUCGGGUAUCUGCUGUGUCUCAUCGUGUAUAAGUGGCUGUGUUUCUCAGCACGUGAGUCUCGCUCAGCUCCCAGCAUCCUCCUGCACUUCAUCAGCAUGUUCCUUAUGCAGUCCAACUCGGCCACGCCCCUUUACCUCGGACAAACGGCACUACAGGUGUUCCUUCUGGUCAUGGCUUUGCUAUGUGUGCCCGUGCUGUUGCUAGGGAAACCACUGUAUCUUUAUUGGCUCCAUCAUGGCACCAAGGGCCUGGGAGUACGCAGGGGUUAUGAGAGAGUUCGGCGUGUCAGUGAAGAUGACAUGUCCCCAUCUGUAGUUCACGAUGAGGAGGAAGGUCUGGAGGAUCACACGGGACGGGAGAGCAAUACACACCAGUUUGAUUUGGGAGAUGCCCUUUUACACCAGGCCAUACACACUAUCGAGUACUGUCUGGGCUGCAUCUCAAAUACAGCAUCGUACCUUCGUCUGUGGGCCCUGAGCCUGGCUCACGCACAGCUCUCUGAGGUUCUAUGGACGAUGGUCCUGCGUGUAGCUCUGAGAAUAAACGUGCGCCUUGGUGUGCUCUUCCUCGUUCCCGUCUUCAGCAUCUUCGCUGUUCUCACCGUCUCCAUCCUGCUGCUGAUGGAGGGACUCUCUGCCUUCCUGCAUGCACUGCGCUUGCACUGGGUGGAGUUUCAGAAUAAAUUCUACAGCGGUACAGGGCUCAAAUUCACCCCGUUUGACUUUUCCCUUCUCCCUUCAAUCUUUGAGCAGGAAGGAUUACUGUGACAGGAAAAACGGUUUGCUUUUCAGCUCGUCCAGAAUGACGCUCUGUCGCUCACAGACUUCCUCGUUGCAGACCUCAGCUCAGACGGAGCGACAAGAGCGUCCGGACUCUUCACCGUGUCUCCGUCACCCUUUUAAAAUCUGCCUUUGAUUCAUGCCGUCCAUAUCAAACGCUGGUUCCAUCCGACACUUCAGUCUGUUUCUAUUUCUCUUUAGAUCUUGAACUCAUCUUCAUUCAAUUCUGUCAUAUCAGAGUUUAAAAGUGCCAUCAAGUAUUUUGCAAUAGACGGUUUUAUAUGUCACAUGUACUGAGGAUACACACAAAAACACACACACGGCAUCCACAUAUUUUGUAAGUAGAAAAAAAGUCAUACAGAGCUCAUGGAGUUCACUUCCUGUUUAAAGUUAAAGUCUAACAGCACUUUUUUGCCGUUAAGAUGGAAAUUCUAAUUUAUACACGUGAUAUGAAGACUGUUCUCACUAAAUUUUUGCCAACCAUUGUCGCAGUUUAUACAUUUAUCUCAUCGAAUUUAUGUACACUUCAUACUGACAGGAAAAUAACUACAUACAAGUGUCAUUCAUGCAUUCAGUGAACUUUUCAUUCAUUGAGAACGCAAUUAAAGGAAAAUUUACAAAAAAAUAAAAAAAAUAAAUAACG